AUGGGCUCAGUGGGCGAGAAGUACACGUCACCAUACUGUACAGCUUCUUGUGUACUAACAAAGGCUCAAGACCUCCAAGAAUUCAAAGAGGCAUGCAUUCAACCUCCGAAAACCGAACGAUCUGGUGCAGCUGCGGAGAGCACUUUGCACGAUGUGGUUAUCCAACUGCAGCAACACUGGGGGAGCACAUUUCAAGGAUCAGCGAUUGUGUGGCGCAUGUGGGCGAACUCUAUCACGCGUAACUUAAAUCGCUCGACAUGGACUGGUGCAAUUUCGGAUCCACCUCCGGAGCACGUAGCGAAUUUACUGAACGCAGCGGACUCGCGUCUUGAGCAACACAUCGCAAACCUCAAUCGAUCAUCUCGACUCGCACUGGACUGUGUUGCUGCAGCUAUUGCAGAUAAUGAGCAAAUCCGUCGUGAUGCUGACGCAUUAGAUACUCAGUAG